CAGGGUUUCCCAGCGAUUGACACGGUCAGCACAUAAACAGUGGUCAGACAUUUAUUGUUUUAUGACUCCAAAAGAAGAGGGAAUACAUUUAAUGAAAACUGUUUGAAGGGGGACUGAUUGACGACCAGAAGCAUAAGGAAACCUACAUGGCAGGACAUACCCUAAGCAGUCGUGACAGCCGGGGGGCAAAUAACGGCAGCAGAAGGAACCAUGUCGGCUCACAUCAACGUGCAGGUUUUAAAGACACGGAUCCCGCGUCGACACACCAGUCAUUGCACACACGUCAUAGUGACGGGCCCAGAUAUCAAACUAGGGGGGUUUCCAAGUUAUCUGGAGGAAGUUCCACACUGACAAAGUUGGGAAGAGGUAUGUUUUCAAAGAAGAGUCCGAGGCGGGGAGAGUUUCCUGAAGCCAAGGAACCACCCCUUAAACUGCCCUCGAUUCAGAGUACCUCAGAAAACAAAGCGCUAAAAUUCAACAAUAAGAAGCAGACAUCGAUCGGUUCUAGGCAGGACAAGGGUGGACAUAUCUUACUUAGUGAUGACGAUCUUGAUGGUCCCCCUGCACGGGCACACCAUUCAUCCCACACAGAUAUUAGUAGAAACCAUCUGAAUGAAAGUUAUGAUAGACAUGGAAUGAUAUAUUUAGGUCCCCUUGCAUCCCACUCAAAAAUUCCAAUAGAUAAUCAGGAUGGAACUGGAAGGAUAGAUUUAGGUCCUCACGCACGGGCACAGCAUUCAUCCCACACACAUAUGAGUAGGCAAUCAAGUUAUCAAUCUGGUGGGAUUUCCAAAUUGGGAAAAAGUACGUCACAAAACCACCGUGUGGUAUAUCCAAACCCUACGUCUAGACCAGUCGACUCAAAGCCGGACAGGCGCGGACAACUCCUUUCACGUGAGGUCGUUCUAGAGGCAAGGUUUGAUGGUACCGGAAGUAAACUUACCGACUCCAAUCGACCGACAUUAUCUAACAACACGCGUCAGUUAAGGGCACACCAGGCAGCUCACACAAGUAACAGUACGCAGGGAUUCAAACCGGUUCAAGGUGCAAUAAAUGCUGGUACCGGAAUCACACCUAUCGUCGCUGGUGAACAAUCAUUUCCUGACAACAUGCACCAUCUAAUUGGACACCAGGCAGCUCACACAAGUAACAGUAUGCAGGGAUUCAAACCGGUUCAAGGUGCAAUAAAUGCUGGUACCGGAAUCACACCUAUCGUCGGUGGUGAACCAUCAUUUCCUGAUAACAUGCACCAUCUAAUUGGACACCAGGCAGCUCAUACAAGUAACAGUACGCAGGGAUUCAAACCGGUUCAAGGUGCAAUAAAUGCUGGUACCGGAAUCACACCUAUCGUCGGUGGUGAACCAUCAUUUCCUGAUAACAUGCACCAUCUAAUUGGACACCAGGCAGCUCAUACAAGUAACAGUACGCAGGGAUUCAAACCGGUUCAAGGUGCAAUAAAUGCUGGUACCGGAAUCACACCUAUCGUCGGUGGUGAACCAUCAUUUCCUGAUAACAUGCACCAUCUAAUUGGACACCAGGCAGCUCAUACAAGUAACAGUACGCAGGGAUUCAAACCGGUUCAAGGUGCAAUAAAUGCUGGUACCGGAAUCACACCUAUCGUCGGUGGUGAACCAUCAUUUCCUGAUAACAUGCACCAUCUAAUUGGACACCAGGCAGCUCAUACAAGUAACAGUACGCAGGGAUUCAAACCGGUUCAAGGUGCAAUAAAUGCUGGUACCGGAAUCACACCUAUCGUCGGUGGUGAACCAUCAUUUCCUGAUAACAUGCACCAUCUAAUUGGACACCAGGCAGCUCAUACAAGUAACAGUACGCAGGGAUUCAAACCGGUUCAAGGUGCAAUAAAUGCUGGUACCGGAAUCACACCUAUCGACGCCAGUGAACCAUCAUUUUCCGACGACAUGCAAUUUCUAUUUGGACACCAGGCAGCUCAUACAAGUAACAGUACGCAGGGAUUCAAACCGAUCAAAACUCACAUGGCGCUCUCUUAACCGGUCAAAUCUCACAUGGCGCUCUCUAAACCGGUCAAAUUUCACAUGGCGCUCUCUAAACCGCGCAAUGGUCUUUGAAAUGAACAUAACAGGACACUAGAGAAUUGGGAGCGGGGAUUGAUGAUAAAACACACAGAAAUGUCAAACACUUGGCAAACAAAUCUUCAACAGACAGGCAGAACAAUUUUGCAAAAUAAAAACGCCAUUAAGUCGUACUAAACUCACAGAAAUCGGCGUUAUUUACUUCUUGGUGGCGAAGAAAAGAAAAGCACAUCAAAGAUGGUAAGCCUCAGAACCAGGAACUUAAUGGUGGAUAAUUUAAGGAGUUGGAACAAAGUAUGUAUGUUUACAAAUACAGUGGAUCGGCAGAGUAAAAGUUAAAGACAUCCUUCAUGGAUUAAUGACAUAUUAACCUAUAUAAACAAUGUUGAACAGACAGGCUCGCAUUACUUCAAAGACAAUACGACAACGUGUCGUUUUCGCAGAAUUUUCUCACAGUGAUGUAUUCAUCCGCGCGUCAACGGCUUGAAAUUGACAAUCCGCAUUAAAAAUACAGU